CCGGACGAACUUCGAUCUUAGACCCGGCCAGGUGCCCGCUCGGGUCCAAGCUCAGCAGCGCGCUUGCUGACGUGGGGGGCUCCCCUCGACCCUAAACGAAACCGAAAGUCUGAUCUCAAGUGACUUUACUUUCCCGGGUUGUUCAGGGGUGGCCAUGAGCGGCAGGGCCCGCAAAGAGGCGGUGCAGGCCGCGGCCCGGGAACUGCUCAAGUUCGUCAACCGGAGCCCCUCUCCUUUCCACGCGGUGGCCGAGUGCCGCAGCCGCCUCCUCCAGGCCGGCUUCCAUGAACUCAAGGAGACCGAGAGCUGGGAUAUCAAGCCGGAGAGCAAGUACUUCCUGACCAGGAACUCCUCCACCAUCAUCGCAUUUGCUGUGGGGGGCCAGUACGUUCCCGGCAAUGGUUUCAGCCUCAUUGGGGCCCACACGGACAGCCCCUGCCUCCGGGUGAAGCGGCGGUCUCGCCGCAGCCAGGUGGGCUUCCAGCAGGUUGGUGUGGAGACCUACGGUGGUGGCAUCUGGAGCACCUGGUUUGACCGUGACCUGACCUUGGCUGGACGUGUCAUUGUCAAGUGCCCUACCUCAGGCCGGCUGGAGCAGCGGCUGGUGCACGUGGACAGGCCCAUUCUUCGCAUUCCGCACCUGGCCAUCCAUCUGCAGAGAAAUGUCAAUGAGAACUUUGGGCCCAACAUGGAGAUGCACUUGGUCCCCAUUCUUGCCACAUCCAUCCAGGAGGAGCUGGAGAAGGGGACUCCAGAGCCAGGCCCCCUCAAUGCUGCAGAUGAGCGUCACCACUCCGUCCUCAUGUCCCUACUCUGCGCCCACCUGGGGCUGAGCCCUGAGGACAUCUUGGAGAUGGAGCUGUGUCUCGCUGACACUCAACCUGCGGUCCUGGGUGGUGCCUACGAGGAGUUCAUCUUUGCCCCUCGGCUGGACAACCUGCACAGCUGCUUCUGUGCCCUGCAGGCCUUGAUCGAUUCCUGCUCAGCCCCUGCCUCCCUGGCCGCAGAUCCCCACGUGCGCAUGAUCGCCCUCUACGACAAUGAAGAGGUGGGGUCGGAGAGCGCACAGGGGGCACAGUCACUGCUGACGGAGCUGGUGCUGCGGCGGAUCUCGGCUUCGCCCCAGCACCUGACGGCCUUUGAGGAAGCCAUCCCCAAGUCCUACAUGAUCAGCGCAGACAUGGCCCAUGCCGUGCACCCCAACUACCUGGACAAGCAUGAGGAGAACCACAGGCCCCUAUUCCACAAGGGCCCUGUGAUCAAGGUGAACAGCAAGCAACGCUACGCCUCGAAUGCGGUUUCAGAGGCCCUGAUCCGAGAGGUGGCCAGCAAUGUCGGGGUGCCCCUGCAGGAUCUCAUGGUUCGGAAUGACUCGCCCUGCGGCACCACCAUUGGACCUAUCUUGGCUUCUCGGCUAGGUCUGCGGGUGCUGGAUUUGGGCAGCCCCCAGCUGGCCAUGCACUCCAUCCGGGAGACAGCCUGCACCACAGGAGUCCUCCAGACCCUCACUCUCUUUAAGGGCUUCUUUGAGCUGUUCCCUUCUCUGAGCCGUAACCUCCUGGUAGACUGAGACCUAUUGGAGAGACUUCUCUUACACGUGAGAGGGGAAGUUCUCAGCCGAGCUGAAGCUGGAUUAUUAAAGUGGAUUUUUCACUCAA